AUGCCGCAGAACGAAUAUAUCGAACGCCACCAAAAGCUAUACGGUAGGAGGCUCGAUUAUGAAGAGCGGAAAAGAAAGCGCGAGGCGCGUGAACCUCACAAGCGUGCUGAGAAGGCUCGCAAGCUGCGCGGUAUCAAGGCCAAGAUCUAUAACAAGGAGCGCCGCAAUGAAAAGAUUCAAAUGAAAAAGAAAAUCAAAGCACAUGAGGAAAAGAAUGUCAAACAGAACACAGAGAAAGUGGCAGAGGGUGCACUGCCUGUGUACCUUCUGGACAGAGAUGUGCAGUCCCGGGCUAAAGUACUGUCUAACAUGAUCAAACAGAAACGUAAAGAAAAGGCUGGAAAAUGGGAUGUACCUAUACCCAAAGUCCGGGCACAGGCUGAUGCAGAGGUAUUCAAAGUACUCAAGUCAGGAAAGACUAAAAGAAAAGCAUGGAAACGUAUGGUCACUAAAGUUACAUUUGUAGGAGAAAACUUCACACGUAAACCUCCUAAGUUUGAGAGAUUCAUCAGGCCUAUGGCACUUAGAUUCAAGAAAGCUCAUGUCACACAUCCCGAGCUGAAAGCCACAUUCUGUUUACCAAUUAUCGGAGUAAAGAAAAACCCCAGCUCACAGAUGUACACAAGUCUUGGAGUUAUAACAAAGGGUACUGUUAUUGAAAUCAACAUUUCCGAACUUGGUCUGGUAACGCAGGCUGGUAAGGUGGUGUGGGGAAAAUAUGCACAAGUUACGAACAACCCAGAGAAUGAUGGCUGCAUAAAUGCUGUACUUUUAGUCUAA